AUGGCUGCCUCAUCCGCUGCAGCCAGCGCACAGUCGCAGAAAUGCUUCCCAGCACGCAAUCCGGGAGAGUGCUUUUGGCAGACAGAGCCACACGAGCUGAGCAACCACCGCUCGACGGAACAGCUGCCGGAACACAGUGACAUCGUGAUCAUUGGCGCUGGGUACGCCGGGAUCAGUACGGCCUACCACCUCGUCAGAGACCACGGGGACCUGAACAAAUCCAUCACAAUCCUGGAGGCGCGCGGGGCCUGUUCCGGGGCCACCGGACGCAAUGGAGGACACCUCAGGCCCGACUUCUAUGGUCAUAUCCCGACAUAUAUUGAUCGGGCUGGGGCGCGAGCCGGUGCGGAGAUUGCAGAGUUUGAGAUUGCGCAUCUUCGUGCCAUAAAGCGGGUCAUCGAGGAAGAACACAUUGACUGCGAUUUCACGCUGGCACGGUCGAUUGACGUCUGGUGCAAUGAGGAGGCGGCCAAGAAUGCUAAGGCUGUCUACGACCGGAUGGUGGCGGAGAAAUUCGAGUACAUGGACGAUGUUAUUUUCUACACGGGCAAGAAGGCAGAAGGGAUCUGCGGCGUGAAAGGCGCCGUCGCCUGUGCCUCAUUCACAGCCGGCACAAUGUGGCCGUACAAAUUCAUCCUGCAUCUCACCAAGUCUGCCCUGGCCACAGGCAAGGUCAAUCUGCAGACAUACACGCCCGCGACCAGUGUAACGCCCGAUCCGAAUGGCGGCUUCAUCAUCGACACCCCCCGGGGAAAGAUACACGCAGGAACCGUCAUCCAUGCGAACAACGCAUACGUGUCUGGUCUUCUCCCAGAAUACGAUAAGAAUAUCAUCCCCUGCAAGGGCAUCUGUUGUCGAAUUACAGUCCCGGAAGGAGUGACACCUCCCCUGCUUAACAACUCCUACAUCAACCGGACAAAGGACAAUACACUCUCCUACCUGAUCCCCCGAGCAGACGGCAGCAUCAUCGUCGGCGGCGCAGCGGCCAAGUUCAAGCCAUUCCGGGAACAAUGGUACGGCAACGUCGAUGAUAGCACGCUCAUCGAUGCAGCCAAGGAUUACUACAACGACUACAUGCAACGGACUUAUCGCGGCUGGGAAGACACCAAGGCGUCCGUGGAUAAGAUCUGGACCGGCGUCAUGGGCUAUUCCUACGACUCUAACCCUCAUAUCGGUGCGGUGCCGGGGAAGGAAGGGCAGUUUAUCAUUGCCGGAUUUAACGGGCAUGGCAUGCCGGUUAUUUGGCUCUCUGCCAAGGGUCUGGCGAGCAUGGUCGUACGGGGGGUCCCGUUCGAAGAGACUGGUAUGCCUAGAUUGUUCAAGACGACGCAGUUCCGUAUCGACCGUGCAAGGAAUGGACGGGAGGAGGAUGGGGAUAUUCUGGGGACGGGAAAUCUGGCUCCUACGAAGCCGUAG